GGGCGUGGGCUGAGUGACGUCACGUCAGAAAGCUGCCGGGCGGGAAGACAGCGCGGUGACAUAUAGAGUGACGGACGGUGUCCGUGCAGGGACAGAAAGACUCGCCAUCACCAUGCCGCCGACCGGCAGGGAAGUACUGCGGAGCCGGGUCCAGGAGCUGCUGGAGAAGAACCCGGUGAUGGUGUUCAGCAAGAGUUACUGUCCGUACUGUGACCGGGUAAAAGAACUCUUCACCUCGCUCGGAAAAGAAUAUUUUGCGCUGGAACUGGAUCAAUGCGAUGACGGCAGCAGUAUCCAGGAAGUGCUUCAUGAGAUGACUGGACAGAAGACUGUCCCUAAUGUCUUUGUGAAUAAGACUCACGUGGGCGGCUGUGAUAAAACUCUACAGGCGCAUCAGGAUGGCACUCUGCAGAAGCUGUUGGAUAAUAACUCUGUCACCUACGAUUAUGACCUCAUCGUCAUCGGUGGUGGCUCAGGUGGUCUGGCAUGCUCCAAGGAAGCUUCAGCUCUAGGGAAGAAAGUAAUGGUAUUGGAUUUUGUUGUUCCUACACCUAUGGGGUCAUCUUGGGGGCUUGGCGGCACAUGUGUCAAUGUUGGGUGUAUUCCCAAGAAGUUAAUGCACCAAGCUGCUCUCCUCGGUCAAGCACUGAAGGACUCCCGAAAGUUUGGUUGGGAAUAUGAUGAACAAGUAAAACACAACUGGGAGACCAUGAGGGAUAACAUCCAGAACUAUAUUGGCUCUUUAAAUUGGGGUUACAGAGUAGCAUUGAGGGACAAGAAUGUCCGCUAUGAAAACGCAUAUGGAGAGUUUGUGGAACCACACAAGAUCAAGGCAACAAAUAAGCGAGGAAAGGAGAGCUUCUUCACAGGAGAAAAAUUUGUGAUUGCCACAGGAGAGAGGCCCAGAUAUCUCAAUAUCCCAGGCGAUAAAGAAUACUGCAUCACCAGUUUCUUUUACGAUGAGGAUUACAUAUUAACUUGCCGUUGUGAUUACAUCAAUGUACCAACAACAGUAUUUACUCCAAUGGAGUACGGCUGCUGUGGAUAUUCAGAGGAAAAAGCCAUUGAAAUCUUUGGCGAGGAAACUCUAGAGGUUUAUCACACUUUGUUUUGGCCCCUGGGAAUGCCGUACCCGGGCGGUGACAAUAAUACUUGUUUCGCCAAAAUCAUCUGCAACAAACUUGACAAUGAUCGAGUCAUUGGCUUCCAUGUUUUGGGACCAAAUGCGGGAGAGAUAACUCAGGGAUUCGGAGCAGCAAUGAAAUGUGGCUUGACCAAAGAAAAGCUGGAUGAAACUAUAGGCAUCCAUCCAACUUGUGCAGAGACCUUUACUACCAUGGAGGUUACCAAAUCAUCCGGAGGAGACAUCACCCAAAAAGGCUGCUGAGGUUAAGCCCUGCUGUUAACUGUCCCCUUGUCUGAUCUUCCUGUUAUGUCCAGUGUCGUUCUACAGCUCUCUGGUAGAAAAAAGAAACUCCACAAAGCUGCCAUCUAUGAAUGUGUUGUCAAUUCCUGGAGUUGUGAGAAAAAUGCAUUGGUCAACAUAAGGAUGAAUCUCAAGGGUGAAUAGUGGAACAGCAGGGUUUUCAAGAGACCUGGGCUUGUUUGGAUCAGCAUCUACACCCAGAAUGCUUGUUAUGAAGCCUCUGCUCCUCACCUCAGGUAGAGGAGAGCACUGGUGGAUGACCAGACACAGCCUGGAUCACAUCUUCUUGACUAUGUAGUUUAUCUUUUAAUAAUUAGUGGUAUUUUUGUUGACUUUGAACAACUUUCCCUCCCCCAAUUUGUGUUCCCCAUGCUUGUAUGACCCUUACAUACAUACCUUCUCAUUCUCUCCUCCCCCACAACCAAACUUUGAAUGCUACAUCCUAUGGACUUGUCUGUCUUUGCAAUACAAAUAUUUCAGUCCUUCUGUAUUUAUUUAAGCUGGAACUCCCAUCAAAAUUGAACAUUCAGCAUUUACCCUGGUUUAUGUUCUCUUACCCAACUUAUCUGAGAGAGGUGCCCUUCCAAAGAUCUCCCUGUACAUUUUAUAGACCAUGGGAAAGGCCUGUGCUGAGUGGUUACACCCAAGAGUUGUCAUUAAAGGGGUUUUCCGGUUUUUAAUGUAAAUUUUUAAGUGUGACAAAAUGAUCUGCUAUAGAGUCCAUUAGGAAUUUCUCUUCACUACUCAGCAGAUGAAAUAAUCCCUGGCCUGUUCUUGACAAAAAUUACUUGGAAGUGACUGCAGAGCAGCAGCCUGGAAGGGUGGAGGUAGGGCUCUGAUAGAGUGCCUCUGAGGUAAACUAAACUUUUGGGGGCGAUUGAGAAGAACUCCAGGUAGAAGCUGAAGUUUGGUUAAACAUUUGGUGGAAGUUGCAUCCCCUGGGGCCAUGUGAGGGCUACCCACUGAAGGUCUCGCUUAUGUCAUUGGACUGUUUUAAAUGCACUUCUGCAGAGCACCCUCUCAUCUGCCUUUUUCAUUGUGGUUAAUGUGUGUUAUUCUGCCGGUGUAAUAUUAUUCACAAUGAUGGUGUAUUAAAUGGAGAGAUACAAGA